AUGUCUUCGGAUGCAGAGAUGGCCGAGUUCGGUCCUGCCGCCCCUUACCUGCGCAUGACGGAAAAAAAGAGGAUCGAAGCGCAAAACCGGCCUUUCGACAUGAAGAAGGAUGUGUUUGUGCCCGAUGACAAGGAAGAGUUCGUCAAGGCUAAGAUCAUUUCCAAAGAUGGUGGCAAAGUCACCGCGGAAACAGAGAAUGGGAAGACCGUGACGGUCAAAGAAGACCAGAUCAUGCAGCAGAACCCGCCCAAGUUCGACAAGAUCGAAGACAUGGCCAUGCUCACUUUCCUCCACGAGCCUGCUGUCCUUUACAAUCUGAAGGAACGCUACGCAGCCUGGAUGAUUUACACUUAUUCCGGGCUCUUCUGCGUGACUGUAAACCCCUAUAAGUGGUUGCCGGUCUACAAUGCGGAAGUGGUGGCCGCUUAUCGGGGGAAGAAGCGCAGCGAAGCCCCACCCCACAUCUUCUCCAUCUCUGACAACGCGUACCAAUACAUGCUGACAGACCGGGAGAACCAGUCUAUCCUCAUCACCGGAGAAUCCGGUGCAGGGAAGACGGUGAACACCAAACGGGUGAUCCAGUACUUCGCCGUGAUUGCCGCCAUCGGGGACCGUAGCAAGAAAGACCAAGCGGCAAGUACUGGGAAGGGGACUCUGGAAGAUCAAAUCAUCCAAGCCAACCCUGCCCUAGAAGCCUUCGGCAAUGCCAAGACCGUGCGGAACGACAACUCGUCCCGAUUUGGUAAAUUCAUCCGGAUCCAUUUUGGAGCCACAGGAAAGUUGGCAUCAGCUGACAUAGAGACCUAUCUCCUUGAAAAGUCUCGAGUGAUCUUCCAGCUAAAAUCUGAGAGGGACUAUCAUAUCUACUACCAGAUCUUGUCCAACAAGAAGCCUGAACUUCUGGACAUGAUGCUGAUCACCAACAACCCCUAUGACUAUGCCUUCAUCUCUCAAGGAGAGACAACAGUGCCCUCCAUUGAUGAUGCAGAGGAGCUGUUAGCAACGGACAGUGCCUUUGACAUCUUAGGCUUCACCCAGGAAGAGAAAAAUUCCAUCUACAAGUUGACCGGAGCCAUCAUGCACUACGGGAAUAUGAAAUUCAAGCAGAAGCAGCGCGAGGAGCAAGCGGAGCCUGACGGAACGGAAGAAGCCGACAAAUCAGCUUACUUGAUGGGUCUCAACUCAGCUGAUCUGCUUAAAGGCCUCUGCCACCCAAGAGUCAAAGUAGGGAAUGAGUACGUCACCAAAGGGCAAAAUGUCCAGCAGGUCAGAACAAUUUACCGUAUUUUUCUGUGGAUGAACCAGAAGUCUUUGGCAGAAUUACUUACAAGACUAAUGUCAGGGAGACGUAGACCACCAUUAACUGUUCUGUCCUUGAUUCUCUUCUUCUCCACCAAGUUCAACAGCUUUGAGCAGCUCUGCAUCAACUUCACCAACGAGAAGCUCCAGCAGUUCUUCAACCACCACAUGUUCGUCCUGGAGCAGGAAGAGUACAAGAAGGAAGGCAUCGAGUGGGUGUUCAUUGACUUUGGGAUGGACCUGCAGGCCUGCAUCGACCUCAUUGAGAAGCCAAUGGGUAUCAUGUCCAUCCUAGAAGAGGAGUGUAUGUUCCCCAAGGCCACGGACAUGACGUUCAAGGCUAAGCUCUUCGACAACCAUCUGGGAAAGUCAGCCAACUUCGGGAAGCCACGGAACAUCAAGGGCAAGCCGGAGGCCCACUUCUCCCUCAUGCAUUACGCCGGCACGGUUGACUACAAUAUCAUCGGCUGGCUGCAGAAGAACAAAGACCCUCUCAACGAGACGGUGGUGGGCCUCUAUCAAAAGUCGUCUCUGAAGCUCCUGGCUAAUCUUUUCGCCAACUACGCUGGAGCAGAUGCGCCUGUGGAGUCUGGCAAGGGGAAAAUGACUCAUAAGAAGAAGGGCUCCUCUUUCCAGACGGUGUCGGCCCUUCACCGGGAGAACCUCAACAAGUUGAUGACCAAUCUACGGUCCACCCACCCACACUUUGUGCGCUGCAUCAUUCCCAAUGAGACAAAGUCUCCAGGUGUCAUGAAUAACCCCUUGGUCAUGCACCAGCUGCGGUGCAAUGGGGUUCUGGAGGGAAUUCGGAUCUGUCGGAAGGGUUUCCCCAACCGGAUCCUCUACGGGGACUUCCGACAAAGGUAUCGCAUCCUGAAUCCAGCUGCCAUCCCUGAGGGCCAGUUCAUCGACAGCAGGAAGGGUGCCGAGAAGCUGCUCAGCUCCCUAGAUAUUGACCACAACCAAUACAAGUUCGGACACACCAAGGUGUUCUUCAAAGCAGGUCUUCUGGGGCUGCUGGAGGAGAUGAGGGACGAGCGCCUCUCUCGCAUCAUCACCCGCAUCCAGGCCCAGUCUCGCGGCGUCCUUGCCAGGAUAGAAGUCAGGAAGAUCAUGGAACGAAAAGAAUCGCUCCUUGUGAUCCAGUACAACAUCCGGGCGUUCAUGGGAGUGAAGAAUUGGCCCUGGAUGAAACUGUUCUUCAAGAUCAAGCCGCUGCUGAAGAGCGCGGAGACCGAGAAGGAGAUGCUGGCCAUGAAGGAAGAGUUCAGCAAAUUAAAGGAAGCGCUGGAGAAGUCGGAAGCUCGUCGGAAAGAGUUGGAGGAGAAGAUGGUGUCUUUACUGCAAGAAAAAAAUGACCUCCAGUUGCAACUUCAGGCUGAGCAAGACAAUCUUGCUGACGCCGAAGAACGUUGCGACCAGCUGAUCAAAAACAAGAUCCAGCUAGAAGCCAAGGUAAAGGAACAGACAGAACGACUGGAAGACGAAGAGGAGAUGAACGCCGAACUGACGGCCAAGAAGCGGAAGCUGGAAGAUGAAUGUUCAGAGCUGAAGAAGGAUAUCGACGAUCUUGAGCUGACCCUGGCUAAGGUGGAGAAAGAGAAGCAUGCAACGGAGAAUAAAGUCAAGAAUCUCACAGAGGAGAUGGCUGGCUUGGAUGAGAUCAUUAUCAAGCUCACUAAGGAGAAGAAAGCACUCCAGGAAGCUCACCAGCAAGCUCUGGACGACCUGCAGGCUGAGGAGGACAAAGCCAACACUUUAACCAAAGCCAGGGUCAAACUGGAGCAGCAGGUGGACGAUCUGGAGAGUUCCCUGGAGCAGGAGAAGAAAAUCCGAAUGGAUCUGGAAAGGGCUAAGAGGAAGCUGGAAGGCGACUUAAAGUUGACCCAAGAGAGCAUCAUGGACUUGGAGAACGACAAGCAGCAGCUGGACGAGAAGCUGAAGAAGAAAGAUUUUGAGCUCAACGCGUUGAAUGCUCGAAUUGAAGACGAGCAGUCCUUGGGCAUCCAACUUCAGAAGAAGCUCAAAGAGCUGCAGGCACGGAUCGAAGAGUUGGAAGAGGAGCUGGAGGCCGAGCGCACCUCCCGGGCCAAGGUGGAGAAACAACGCUCCGAUCUCUCCCGGGAACUGGAGGAGAUCAGCGAGCGGCUGGAGGAGGCCGGCGGGGCCACGUCGGUGCAGAUCGAGCUGAACAAGAAGCGGGAGACCGAGUUCCAGAAGAUGCGGCGGGACCUGGAGGAGGCCACCCUGCAGCACGAGGCCACGGCGGCCACCCUGCGCAAGAAGCGGGCGGAGAGAUGUAAUGGGUUCCUUCCCGCCUCCCUUCUAAUUCACACCAUUGCUGGGUUUCAGGCCAACCUGGAGAAAAUGUGCCGAACUCUGGAGGACCAAAUGAACGAGCACCGGACGAAGUCCGAAGAGACUCAGCGAAUGGUCCACGACCUCACGAGUCAGCGGGCCAAGCUCCACACUGAGAAUGGGGAACUAUCCCGCCAGUUGGAUGAAAAGGAGGCUUUGAUAAGCCAGCUCACAAGAGGGAAACUGACUUACACCCAACAACUGGAAGAUCUAAAGAGACAACUGGAGGAAGAAGCUAAAGCCAAGAACGCCUUGGCGCAUGCGCUCCAGUCGGCCCGCCAUGACUGCGACCUGCUGAGGGAACAGUACGAGGAGGAGUCUGAGGCGAAAGCGGAGCUCCAGCGCUUGCUGUCCAAGGCCAACUCCGAGGUGGCGCAGUGGAGAACCAAGUACGAGACCGACGCCAUCCAGAGGACUGAGGAACUGGAAGAAGCCAAGAAGAAGCUGGCACAGCGGCUUCAGGACGCGGAGGAGGCGGUGGAGGCCGUGAACGCCAAGUGUUCCUCGCUGGAGAAGACCAAGCACCGCCUGCAGAACGAGAUCGAAGACCUCAUGGUGGACGUGGAGCGUUCCAACGCGGCGGCCGCUGCCUUGGAUAAGAAGCAGAGGAACUUUGACAAACUCCUGGCCGAAUGGAAGCAGAAGUUCGAGGAGUCCCAAACGGAACUGGAGUCAUCGCAAAAGGAGGCUCGUUCCCUCAGCACCGAGCUCUUCAAGCUGAAGAACGCCUACGAGGAGUCGCUGGAGCACCUGGAGACCUUUAAGCGGGAAAAUAAGAACUUGCAGGAGGAGAUUUCCGACCUCACCGAGCAACUUGGAGCCUCCGGAAAGAGCAUCCAUGAGCUUGAGAAAGUGCGGAAGCAGCUGGAGGCGGAGAAACUGGAGUUGCAGGCAGCUCUGGAGGAGGCGGAGGCCUCCCUGGAACACGAGGAAGGCAAGAUCCUCCGAGCUCAGCUGGAGUUCAACCAGAUCAAGGCCGACAUUGAGCGCAAAUUAACCGAAAAGGAUGAAGAGAUGGAACAGGCCAAGCGCAACCACAUGAGGACGGUGGACUCGCUUCAGGCUUCUCUGGAUGCCGAGACCCGGAGUCGGAACGAGGCAAUGAGGGUGAAGAAGAAGAUGGAGGGCGAUCUCAACGAGAUGGAGAUCCAGCUGAGUCAUGCCAACCGCAUGGCUGCGGAGGCUCAGAAGCAAGUCAAAACUUUGCAGGGUUACCUCAAGGACACCCAGAUACAACUGGACGAUGCUGUUCGAGCCAACGAAGAUCUGAAAGAAAACAUUGCCAUUGUUGAGCGGAGGAACAACCUGUUGCAGGCAGAGUUAGAGGAGUUGCGUGCGGUGGUGGAACAGACCGAACGAGCCCGUAAACUGGCCGAGCAGGAGCUAUUGGAGGCCAGCGAAAGGGUGCAGCUACUCCACACCCAAAACACCAGCCUCAUCAACCAGAAAAAGAAGAUGGAGUCUGAUCUGUCCCAGCUGCAGACGGAGGUGGAAGAAGCGGUUCAGGAGUGUAGAAACGCUGAGGAGAAGGCCAAGAAAGCCAUCACAGAUGCGGCCAUGAUGGCAGAGGAGCUGAAGAAGGAGCAGGACACCAGCGCCCACCUGGAGCGCAUGAAGAAGAACAUGGAGCAGACCAUCAAGGACCUGCAGCUGCGGCUGGACGAGGCCGAGCAGCUGGCCCUGAAGGGGGGCAAGAAGCAACUCCAGAAACUGGAGGCCCGUGUACGGGAGUUGGAGAACGAGCUGGAGGCCGAGCAGAAGCGCAACGCCGAGAAUGUCAAAGGCAUGCGCAAGUACGAGCGGCGCAUCAAGGAGCUGACCUACCAGACUGAGGAGGAUCGGAAGAAUCUUGUCCGUCUCCAGGAUCUGGUGGAUAAGCUUCAGCUGAAAGUGAAGGCGUACAAGAGACAGGCAGAAGAAUCGGAGGAGCAGGCCAACACCAACCUGGCCAAGUUCCGGAAGGUUCAGCACGAGCUGGACGAAGCUGAGGAACGGGCGGACAUCGCCGAGUCCCAGGUCAACAAGCUGAGGGCCAAGAGCCGCGAUAUUGGAGCGAAGAAAGGUCUGAACGAAGAGUAAUGCUUCUGAACGUCGUUAUUUUCCCCUCCUAACAAGCGCGCCGAACUCCACACCCAAAGGGCAGUGGAGGAAAUUUCCCCCCCCCACCUUCCGGAUAUUCGGCACUGCUCUUAAAGCAUAGAAUAAAGAAAAUGAAACAGCUAUCGAUUCUAGGAUGCUGAGCUGGAUGAACCUUUGACCUCUUCUUGAGUUUUUUUUUAAUGAUUACAGUUAGAAUCGGCAAACAAAAUAAAAUUGCAUGGUAGA